GAGGGACCUGGGCGGGACAAACCACAAGACCGACCCGAGUGGGGACAGACCCGGGACGGGACAGAGCCGGUACUGGACAGACCCGGCAUGGGACAGACCCGGGACAGACCCGAUACGGGACAGACCCAGAAUGGGACAGAGCCGAGUGGGGACAGACCCGGUACGGGACAGACCCGGCAUGGGACAGACCCGGGACAGAGCCGGUACGGGACAGACCCAGGACAGACCCGGGACAGGACAGACCCGGGACAGACCCGCGCAGGCCCAGCGCGGGAGGUGACACCGCUGUCACCAAGGUCCCCCUGGCAGCGCCACCGCUCCAAGGUUCCACCCUCCGAGCUGCCCCUCUGUGACAUCAGCCCGGGCUGGUGGCACCGCCAGGGCCACCAGAGGUGACAGCUCCACUCCGCCUCUGCCACCUGCGCUGGCACCGAUGGCUCUGCUGGCCCUGCUCGUCCUGCUGGCCCUGGCCGGGCCCGUGGGGGGCACGUGGGACACCUGCAGAGGGACCUGCGGGCUCCGGCCCAUGGCCUUCGACCACAGCUCCGAGCUUCUGGAAUAUUCCUUGGAUGGCGAUUACAAACCUUUGGAUGGAGCCUCUCAGGACGGGGGUGGCACCGGGGUGCACCCGGGGGCCUGGCCCGGCAUCGUCAGCGUCCAGGCCCGGCUGGAGAACGGCACGUGGCACAUGUGCUCCGGGGCCCUCAUCCACCCCCAGUGGGUGCUCACGGUGGCACACUGCUUCGUGGGGACUGGGGACACCUCCAGGUGGGAAGUGGUGAUCGGAGCCACGGAUCUGAGCCAGCCGGGCCCCGAGGCUGAGCUUCGCCACAUCCUGAGGCUCCUGGUGCACCAAUAUUACAACCCGGCCACGGCCAGGAACAACAUCGCCCUGCUGGAGCUGGACCAGCCCGUGGAGUGCAGCGACUACAUCCAGCUGGGCUGCGUGCCCGACAGCUCCCUGGCAGUGGCCGAGCUCAGAACCUGCUUCAUCGCGGGCUGGAGAGCCAGCCCGGACAGCGCUCCCGGGCCGCGCCUGGUGCUGCAGGAGGCCAAGGUGCGGCUCAUCGACGUCCAGCUGUGCAACAGCAGCCGCUGGUACGGGGGGGCCGUGCACCCCCAGGACCUGUGCGCGGGGUACCCGCGGGGCGGCAUCGACACCUGCCAGGGGGACAUCGGGGGCCCCCUGGUCUGCAAGGACAACGUUGGUGACUACUUCUGGCUGGUGGGACUGGCCAGCUGGGGCCGAGGCUGCGCCGGGGCCAAGCGACCCGGGGUGUUCACGUCCAGCCAGCACUUCCACACCUGGAUCCAGGUCCAGAUGGGUUUGCUCCCACCAGAAGCUGAUGUUCCUCCACCAGAGCCCCUCCCAACCCUCUCCCUGGAGCUGGAGCUGGAGCCGGAGCCAGAGCCAGACUCGGAUUUUAGCGAUCUGGAGAAUCCCAACCCGGCGGACACGGGGGAAUCUACGGACCUUUCCUACCAACAACAGAUCCUGGGGAAAUUCCUCAACCUGCUGCUGGAGCUGCUGCAGUUCCUGAAAGGAAAGAAAGCCUGAGCAGCGGGAUGAGCUGAUCCAGCUGUGGCGAGCGUUCCCUGCCGGGGCAGUGGCCACGGGGCCAAGGUGAGCCCCGGUGCCCGGGGCUGCUGAGCCCUGCCCACGCUGACCCCGGCGCCCGCCCCGACCGUGAAUCCACUUUGGAUUGAAAUAGAAUUGUUCCUGUUUCCACUUCUCCA